AUGGGGACCCCGCGGGCGCCGUGGCCGCUCGUCUGGGCCGUGCUGCAGCUGGGCUGCUGGCCAGGAUGGCUCCUAGAGGCCUCCAGCAGGCCCUGGAGCGCCCUCACCUUCUCUCCCGCCCGGCUGGUCGUGCCCGAGGGGGCGAACGCCACCUUCACCUGCAGCUUCUCCAGUAAGCCGGAGGAGCACUUCGUCCUCAACUGGUACCGCAUGAGCCCCAGCAACCAGACGGACAAACUGGCUGCCUUCCCCGAGGACCGCAGCCAGCCCGGACGAGACCGGCGCUUCCGCGUCACGCCGCUGCCCGGCGGGCAACAGUUCCACAUGAGCAUCAUGGCCGCCCAGCGCAACGACAGCGGCAUCUACUUCUGCGGGGCCAUCUACCUGCCACCCCGGACGCAGAUCAACGAGAGCCACCCCGCGGAGCUCAGGGUGACAGAGGGGGUCCUGGAGCCACCCACGGAGCGCCCCAGCCCCCAGCCCAGGCCUGAGGGCCAGAUGCAGAGCCUGGUCAUCGGCGUCACAAGCUUCCUUCUGGGGGUCCUGCUGCUGCUGCUGCUGAUCUGGGUCCUGGCCGCAGUCUUCCUCGGGGCCACUCGAGGGGGCUGCGCCUGCAGGAGCCAAGACCAGCUUCCGAAGGAGGGCUCCCCCUCUGUGCCGGCUGUCACGGUGGACUACGGGGAGCUGGACUUCCAGUGGCGGGAGAAGACCCCAGAGCCUGCGGCUCCCUGCGUCCCCGAGCAGACAGAGUACGCCACCAUUGUCUUCCCAGGCCGCAGGGCGUCCGCCGACAGCCCGCAGGGGCCCUGGCCACUGAGGACCGAGGAUGGACACUGCUCCUGGCCCCUCUGA